AUGGCGCAUCGAAUCAUUGCCCAGAUCGUCCUUACAGGCGGCCGUGUUUUCGGAAGAGCGUUUGCAGAGGCAUACAAGCAGGCCCAGGCGUCAUCACAAUUUGCGCGGGCUGCGGCGAAGAACGAUCCUGGCGCUGUAAAUACUGCUGCGGCCUCUGGCAUGACCCUCGACGAAGCAUGCAAGAUUCUCAAUGUCAAGCCUCCUCAAGGCGGCAUCACGAAUAUGGAAAGCGUUAUGGAGCGGUUCAAGAAGUUAUACGACCUUAACGAGCCCAAAAAGGGCGGUGGCGGAUCAUUCUACCUGCAAAGCAAGAUUCUUCGUGCAAGAGAGCGAAUAGAGAUGGAAGUCCGCAACGCCGAGCGGAAAGCGCAGAUGGAGAAGGAAAUCAAAGAAGGUUGGAGACCCAAACUAUACAAAACUUGA